AUGAGAGGAGGCUUCAGCCUCCCCCACCUGGACGCCGCCCAUGGCGCUUGCUGUCAGUGCCCGUGUAGCUGUGUAGGCGCGGUGCCGUGGUGCGUCGUGCACCGGUGCGGUGGUCAGGCAGUGGCGUGGUGCCGCUGCGGGCGGUGCCCCGGUGCGUUUGUGUGGUGCGUCGUGCAGGUGCAGGAUAUGGAGAGAUUUUUUAAACGAACUCGUAGUUCCAGCUCUGGCUCUUCUAAUGAGCCGAAUGCUAUUGAACAAGUGGAAAAUCAAUCCCAUGUAGAAUUAAAUUUGGAUGAUAUUGUUAGUGAUCCGGGAUUACAAAAAUCAAUUGAAGAAUUUGAUAUUGCUAUUCAAGAUCAAGCUCGAAGAGAGUAUGUGCUCCGAGGGCCUUGUCAACCAAAUGGUCAUGUGUAUCCGAAAAUAACUUUUGAAAAUGUAGAUAAUGCCUUUAUAAAAGAUGGAUACAACAAUUGGAAAAGAGCAUUAGAAAUAUUCAAUCGUCAUAUGGGGACUGUGAAUAGCUGUCACAAUGAAGCUAGAAUACAAUUUGAGGCUUUUCAAGAUCAAAGGCAUAGUGUGGGGAAUAUUUUACGAGUACAUAGUCGCGAUAUGGAAAUUGAUUAUCACACUCGUUUAACUGUAAUGUUGGAUGUGACACGAUUUUUAUUGAAGCAAGGGUUACCUUUUCUAGGACACGAUGAGUCAACUAGUUCUUCAAAUAGAGAGAUCACACUUGCUAUAAUCAAUGAUAUUGGAGAUAAAUUCUUUUCUUUGAUGGUUGAUGAGGCUCGGGACAGUUCAGUGAAGGAACAUAUGAGAGUUGUUUUGAGAUUGAGAGGCCAAGGAUAUGAUGGAGCUUCAAAUAUGCGUGACGAGUUUAAUGGAUUGAAAUCCCUGGUACUACAAGAAAAUCCAUUUGCAAUGUAUGUUCAUUGUUUCUCUCAUCGGCUCCAAUUAGUUCUUGUUGCUGUUGCCCAUGACAAUUUCACUAAAUUGGUUGAGACUGAAAACCAUUUGGUAUUCCCAUUAGUUUAUCAUAUGAUAGAGUUGGCAUUACUUUUACCAGUUGCAACUGCUUCGGUUAAACGAGUUUUUUCUGCAAUGAAGACUGUGAAGACUGAUUUACGCAAUAGAAUGGAAGAUCAAUGGAUGAAUGAUAGUCUAGUUUCUCGUAGAAUCCAAUUAUCUCCUUCUGUACUGACUCAUCGGCCGUCGCAGACUUCUGUGCCAACCCGGAAGAAAGAAAUAUUUGCUAUUAAAGUGUUCUUUGUUCAUCGUUGA